AUGUCUUACGGCAGUUCCUCCUACGCAAAUGAGAUGCAAAAGUAUGCCCUCGAGCAAUCUCGCUAUCUCAUCGCGGCCACGGUGCUCUACGCCAUCGCCUUCCUCGGCGGCCUCGCCGUCACCGCGCUUGCUUUCAUCAAAUUGAGAGGCGCCCAUCUGCGCCACGGCGUAGCGGCCUGGCUCCGCGUCGCUUGCAUCUUCUUCACCCUUUAUUGCCUUUUGGAUACCUGCUCCUUUGCAGUCUUCUCUCCCAUGGUGCAUCAAGCGGGCAUCGGCAAGCAGACCUAUUCUUCGACCCGGCUUGAGACGCAGCUAGAUGCCGCACAGUACAUGGCGCUCAUCGGGGCCUGGUUCAACUACGUCACGCAGGGUCUGCUCUUUGUUGCCAUUGUUGUCAGCCUGUGUGCGGCAACAACGUCGACAACUUCUGGCAGCAGAGGAUGCUUGAUCGUGGCGUACGUCCUAGGUACUGCCUUGAACGGGCUUGCCGCUGCCGUCUUUGCCCUGAGCGUCAAGCAGUACAGCGAUAAAGAAGGCACCAGUGUGGUGGCCCUUUUCGACCUCAGGGAUCUGAUCAUGGCGUUUGACUGUGUUUUGACCGCGGCAGCGCUUUUUGCCGCUGGAUUCGCUCUGUCGAGACUGUCCAAGAGCGGGCACGCGGACGGCAAGCCUGCCAAACUGGCGUUUGUGGCCAGCCUCCUGUUGCUUCUCUCUGCGCUCUACCAGCUUGCCGUCACCAUUGAUCUCACCUGGGUCAGCCAUUAUAGGUUUGGCUCGCCAAAUUACCAUUUUGUCUUGAGCGCCAUCCUCGGUGCGUGGCCGCUGCUCGGCGCUCUGGCACUGCUCGUCGUCGCUGGCAAGAAAUGGGGCGGCGGCGGUUCUACGAGGCAGCAGAAGGGUAGUGUUGCAUAA